AUGAUGUGUCGACAUAGGUUCAUCAAUUGCACCACUCUGGUGAAGGACAUUGAUAAUGGAGGAGGCUGUGCAUGUAUGGGGACAGGGGUGUCUGAGAAAUCUCUAGAUCAUCCAGUAGUGGAGGCCAGCAAGGAGACAAGGGCUCCGCGGCACGACGCCGGGCCUUUCUUUGAUGUGCAGAAAAGGCUGGGCCUUAACUUACAUCAUUGGAUGAUAAUCCAAAGUGCUGAGCAGCUUCACAAGAUUCCAGGUCAAUGCCAUGCUUUUGAAAAAGAAUGGAUAGAAUGUGCGCAUGGAAUCGGUGGUACCCGUGCAGGGAAAGAGUGCAAGAUGGAAUCUGAUGAUUUCGUAGAAUGUCUGCUUCGGCAGAAAACGGUGAAACAUCUGAGUGACGUCAGGAGGCAGCGAGAUAAACUAAUAAAGGAAGGGAAGUACAUACCUCCACUUCACCACUUGGGCAAGGAGGAUCGUAGGCCCUGA